CGCCCGGGGACCCGGAGGUGGCCGCGCCCUGGGCCGCCGAGCGCUGACCUUCGCCUCGCGCCCCUGGCUCGCUCGGGUGGGCGCCUCAUCCACCGCCCUCCGCAGCCUCCGGGUCAAGGGCCAGGUCCGGGGGGCAGUGGGGCAGACAUGGCGGACUCCGAGGCCGUGGCCGAGGACCUGGACGCCCUCAUCGACGACCUGGACUACCUCCCGGGCCACUUCCACCUAGAGAUGCAGCUGAACUUUGAGCCACGCUCGCCGGCCUCUCUCCGCGCCCGAGACCUGAAGCUGCAAAGGGAUGGCCUGCAGCAGGAGCUCGAGCUGGCUGCUGCCCCGCAGCGCGCGGCCGUGCGCCACCUCCUGGGCACCUUUGCCUUCUACCUGGAGGAGGUGGACGAAGCCCGAGAGCGCUUCCUCGAGGUGGCCCGUGAGGACCCGGGCAACCUCAACGCCUGGGCCAAUCUGACACACGUGUACGGGCGACUAGGGAAGGAGGAAGAGGAAGAGGCUUGUGCUGGGAAGCUGGCCAGCCUCAUGGGCCUGGCGGGUGACCCCAAGGCCGACGGGGACCCCCAGCUCCGAGCCGCGCGCUGCCUGGCGGAGCAGGGCUAUGCACAUGGCUUCGACGUGGGCUGCGCCAGCCCAGAGGAGCACGCACGGGUGCUGGAGGCGGGCAUCGCGUUCUACGACAAGGCGCUGAGCUACGGGCAGCAGAUCCCCAUGGAGGAGAAAAGGGGCUGGUACUUCACCAUGGCAACACUUUUCAUCAGGCUAGAUGGCAUCUUCCUGGAGCUGGGCAGCGAGGAGCAGAAGAGGCUGCCCACCUUCAACCGCACACUGGCCUUGCUGCGGCAAGUCCUCAAGUCCCCGGACCCCCACCACCGAGCUCUGGCCUGGUGCUACCUCGGAAUGCUGCUGGAGAGGAAGGACUCCUUCUCCACCACGCCCAUGGGCAUCCACGACUGUGGGUUCUCGGGGACCGACCCCCUGGACUGCUUUGGCAAGGCCAUCGAGAUUGCCAAGGACCAACCCCCAAUUCUGAAUCGCCUGGCCAAGAUCUUCCACUUCCUAGGAAAACAGGACAUGGCCAUUGGCACCUGCAACAUGGCCCUGGACGUCCUGGAUCCAGAGCUCAACUGGCAGGCGUAUUGCACGAGGGCCAAGAUCCACAUCAGAGCCUACCUCCAUGACCUGGAGCGGGUCAAGAUGGGGCUCGGAGGCAUGCCUGACAGGAACCACCUGGCCUGCGCCAAGGCGGACCUCGAGGAAGUGGUCAAGGUGUGCCCGGGUCUCAGGACCUACCUGGACAUCAGCCAGGUCUACUACUACAUGGGCGUGGACGCAAUGCAGGAGCUGCUGGCAGUGGAUGAGGAGGCACUGAACCAGGCACUGGUCUUCUUGGCCAAGGCCGGUGAGUCAGAGCUGGGCACCACGCUGCCCGAGCUGCAGCUGCUGCGAGGCAAGUGCCUGCGCAUCAAGGGUGAGGAGGCCAACGCGGCAGCGUGCUUCAAACGCGUGGUGGAGCUGGACGACGAGGGCUCCAGCCACACCGAGGGCUUCGGCUGCCUGCUCGAGGCGCUGCUGGCGCAAUGGAGCCAGGCGCAGCUGAGCGAUGGUGAGCUGGGCCGCGAAGUGGAUGUGUGGCUGCGCUGCGCCCAGAACAAGUAUCAGGCGGCACGCCUGCGCCAGGAGCUGCAGCGUGUGUGGCGUGGCCACACAGACGAGGUGCUGGGACUGGCCCGGGCCUUGGUGGACCAGGGACGGCUGUCGUUGGUGCGGCUGCUGUUUGAGACCAUGGAACAGGAAGGUGAGGGCAUGGGGGCACCCCGGGGCCGCAGAGCGUUCUCCUUCUGAGGGUACCCGUCCAGGCCCCGCCCCAUUGAGGGCCCGUCAAUCAGAGCCAAUCAGAUUCUCUUUCAGGAAUUGGACUGGGGACCUUGAGACAAUAGGGCAGUUUGACAUACCCGCGGAAGUGGGGAUGCCUGGUUGGGGAAACUGCCAAUUACAGGACAGAAUUGGGCAAAUGUACAGAGAAAAUAAGAUGGCUACGAUUCUCCUAAGAGAUACAUAAGAUAGCCGUCUCAGUUUGGGCGGUUUUCUAGUUUGCGGUGCAAUCCCUGAGGCCUCAGUCUCUGUGGGUUCCCAUGGGCAACUCUAUCCCUGUAACAAAGCCCUUACUUAAGUUGACUGCAGUGGGUCUCACAGGCCCUUCAGGCCAGAAAGCCAUGGCUAGAGCGGAGGGCAAAGCUGCACAGCGGACAGGUAAGGUGCCAGGCAGUGGUCUACACCGGCGUGCUCAGGCCUCUUUCCUACCUGGCUAGCCGUCUUCCAGCGGGCCUCGUCCGUGCUCAGCGUGGCCUGCAAGGCUCCCAGGCAAGGCAUGAAGCCCAUCAAUAGACUUCCCUGUCUGGGAACCUAGAGACCCCCCCAUCAGGGAAUGCCACCUAUUCCCAGUCUGGAACCUUCCACAACAGAAUGAAGAAUAUCUUGAAAUGUUACUCUCUUGGAAUCUUAGACUUAGAGCCUUAACUGUGGGAUUUUAUUGUCAAAGACUUAGACUCUGACUGCCACCAAAUCUUGGAAUGGCCAACCUGGAUUUUUGUGGCCCUGCUUCAGGAACUACUUAACGUAAAAUUCCAGGUUAAGUUCUCGCCAGACCCCAGGAAAGCUAGUUGCACAUAACUUCGAUGGCAAGACCUCUGUAAUGGUUUGUGAUAGGUUUUGCAUUUGUUCCUUUCUUUAAAGAGUUAUACUCACUGCUUUUGUCGUAUCUCUGAUCCUCAGAUAGUGACCAGAGAUAGGCUAGCACCCCUGCGUGGCUUCUCACGUCUCCAGUGACAGAUGGAGAACAGGCUGAGAGGUGCGGCCCCGAAAGGCCGCAUGUUCCAAAGCUCUCAUUGUGCAGAUGGGAGGCCUGAACCCUCGCGCGGAAAUGGCUUGCCCAAGGUCACACUCCACACUUCUUAAGCCUCCCCUCCUUUGUGCCUCACUCAGUCCUGCUGUCAGCAUUUUUCAGGUUUGGAAAAAUUCUAAUACACUGAUGAACACCAAAGCAUUAAGUGCUUAUGUGUCACCUGUCACAUGGGGCACUGAUAUCCAUGAGGGUAAAGCUCUAACACUCAUGUUAGUGUCCCAGGUACCUGUGAGAUCUGGACCAUGAAGCUACCCUAAGGUCCCUAAAUUCCGCCUCAUGGCUCCUCAUGGCUCAGCACUUUGGGCAGUGACACGCUGUCCCACCUUCCUCUCACCUCCGAGGUUGCAGAGUCCAGGAGGUGACCCGACAGCACACACAGCCCUGUCUACUCCUCCAUGCAUCCCUUCCCCACCCACAAUGGGAAAUCACCUCUUUCUUCUCCUGCUUCCUCAGGCAAACUGAAUUCAAGGCGGUUUGCUGGCACAACUAGGGAGCUGGUGAAGUUCGUCUGCUUCUCCAGGCUUCCCAAUUUGUUUCCUUUCUUGCUUUACCUCUCCCCAAGGUAAUGCAUUUCUCCCUCCAUUGCUUCCUCCUCCUGGCAAACCUUUUCUGACAACCUCAGGCACACGACUCAUAUAAAUGACUAAUAAACACCCACUAGUCUUGGGGUAUCUGCAUAUUGACCAAAAGCCAAAAAGAGAUAGGAAACCCCAUUUCCAGGACAUACCCUAUGUGCCGGGGGCUUCAUACAUGUGAUUGUCUCAACAGCCUUGGGGAGUAGCAUUCUCAUCCUCGUUUUAUAGAUGAGGACACUGAGACACUGACCAAGGUCUCAGGUAAGUAUGGGAAGAGCCAGGAUUUGGACCAGACCAGCCCAGUUCUGUGCUGCCUCCUGGAACACAGUUCUUCCUGGGAGUCGUGUCAUCUGUGGUCCAGAGUUUGGUCUGUGAUCACCAACUUGAACUGUCCCUUCCUCCAGUGCACUGUCUCCCUGUUCCAAACUGUUUUUCCUCUGUGACUUUGUACAUCCUAUUCUGUUCCACACUGGCUUUUUCCCUAUGAUUUCCAUCCCAAGGGCUAGGCUCAAAAAUGCCUCCUCCAGAAAGCCUUACCAAAUCCUCCUAGUUCACAUUAAUCACUCCCUUUUACGCAUGGAGAGCUCUCAGGCCUCGUGUCCCACGGCAUUACAUUACUUCCCUCUCCUUGGGUCAUAAUCGUGUCAACAUGUCUGCAGCCCACCCCUAACCCAGCUGGCUUCUUUACAGCAGGAGCUAUACCCGAUUCAGCCCCAGGGCCCUGCACUGAGCUCGGCACUGAGACAGGCUCAGUGUGGGUUAUUGAAGUGAGUGCACUCACAGCAAUGAGGCCACUACCUCAGUCGCACACAGGUGACUCUAUCACCAGGCCCACCAGCCUGAGGUUGGGGCCAGGUCUCCAGCCCAACGAUCCUUGAGGCCCAAAACUCAACCAGAAAACGUGGACUUUUUUCCCCUCCUCCUCUCCAGCCUUAGGCCAUUUCUUUAAUUCUCCAAUUGGGAAACUGAAGGCCAGAUUGGGAAACUGAGACGAGAGCAGGGGCUUGACCAAGAUCAAGCAAUGAACUGAUGACAGAUUCAAACUUGAACCCCACUUCCAGACUUCUGGGCCAGUGUCCUCUGCCCUUUUAGGGCUGCCUCCUUUGCCAAGGUCCAAGAGGACUACAGCCCUUCCAUUCCUUCCCUCAGCUCGUACCUACCGAGCACUGGUGAAAUUCCAAGCAUAGUGCCAAGCCCUGGGGCUCCAGUGGAGAACCAGAUAGACCUGCCCUUACCUUCAGGGAGCCGCAGGCUAGACCUUGCACAUCAGCUUAUGCCUGACCUUGUGGGCUGCAGGGGAGACUUGCGGAGACUAAUGGGAAGCUGUGGAGGGUUUUAGCUGGCAGAGCCGGCUGCCCGCCCCCUCCACACCAGUCAUUCACAUCCUGUGUCUGGCCUUUCCUCAGCCCAAUGCGGGGGAGAGGACGGCUGUCCCUGGGGCUCCAAACCUGGUCCUUGGCCAUCCCUCUCCAGCAAGUCACUGCUGAGGCCAGACCUCGUGGUCCCCCAGGACUGUGGCUCGGGCGGGUUCAGGGAGGCUAGUGGAUGGCUGAUCUUUAUUUAAUUACAGUUUGGAGCCCUGCAGAACACCCCUGCCCACUGGGCAGCUGGGAGAACAACUGUCUGUCACACAGCUGAAGCAGCAGGAGAUCCUUAGGGGAACACUGCAGAGUAAAAGCUUUAAUGACCCCAUAAUCAGAGUAAUGAAGACAAAUCACACCUCGUGCUGUCUGCCCACGCCUUCCUCUGCAUCUAGAAGCCAAUAUCAGGCAGCUAGAAACUCCUGUUCAGCCAGUGGGAGCAAGACAUGUUAGAGGGAAGCAGGUGAGAUUUUUCAGUCACAGUUUUCCAGAAUUUCAGACUUGGAAAGAACCCUGGUCAUCACCUCUUCCAGACUCUCCAUCCAAAGCAGGACUCCUCUCAACAGUGAUUAUUCUGAAAGAAGGGUCUAAACCACUUGCAUACCUCUGGCAGACAGGCAGCUUACUAUCUGUCGAAGGAAUCCAUCCAUUUCCCACUGGUCUAUCUUUGAGUUUGUCCUUCUAUUGAGUUGAAAUCCUCUUUUCUGUAGUUUUUAUCUUCUGAUUCAAGUUCAGCUUCUGGGGCCACACAGAAUGUACCCUAAUAAGUGUGAUAACCUUGAAUGAGUUACUUUCCUCUGGACCCCAUUCCCUCUUUCUGUCCUGGCACCUAUUACAGUGUUUGAGUUGUUCAGAAGGUGGCUGGCUGCUCCGCCAAGGGCCAGACAGGGCUCUGAUCCGGCUUCCAGCUGCCAGCGCCCAGUGCAGAGCCUGCACAGAGUGGUGCUAGCAGCUGGAAGCGGAACAGAACAGGGUUCUCCCAUCCCUAAUCAGCCCCCUAGGGAGCACCCUGUGUGGAUGAUGGUGGCUGGAUGCCAAAUGAAGUGAAAUAUCUCCUUUCCUCGGGCUGUUAACUUUUUUCGUGUUUAAGGAAAGGGAAGAUAAUGACAUUUAGCACUUUACAACUCAGCAGUAAAAUGAGCAGAUGGAAACAGAUCCCCAGCAUGGCGGGCGUGCUUCCAGCAAGAAACCCUCCCUAGCUUUGUGGGGCUGAAGUCACUGGCAAGGCUUGCAGCUGGGUGAGGACACAGACAGCUCCCUCCUUCUCCCCAGCCCUGCCCCACAGUCCGUGUAGGCUCUACCUGCCCUCACUCCCUGCUUCCUGCCUGGAGCACCAGUACAAACUCUCUAAUUUUGAUGGGGGGUGGGGGGAGGAUGCUUUUGUCAAGCAAUGGUGAGCAAAACCUGUGGAGCUGCAGAAAAGCUUCAGCUGGCCUCUAGGUGGCCGCAAAAGAACAAUUUGACUGAACAGGGAAGGUUCCUUCCUGCAGGGAAGUCAAAGAAAAUCAUAUUCAUCUUGAUCACCGCCAGGACGACUUACUGAGACGCUGCCGCUGCCACAGGCCAGUGCCUGCGGCACGAGUUUCACAUGCCUUUACUGCACUUAACCCUCGUAAGCCCAUGAGCCAUGUAUCAGCACUGCUUCCCUCUUCCAGAUGAGGAAACUAACAAAUGGCUUUUUAACUAUCUGGGGUUUUGAUUACUUUCUCCUCUAUCAUAUAUGUUGCUGUAUAGACUGAUCACAAAAAAAUCAGAAUGUAUUUUUCAUGUUUAUGUUUCCAAGCCCGGCAAUAGCUCUGUGGUAGGGCUUGUUGAAUGUUGGCAUGUAAAUUGUUUCAUUAAACUGCAGCUCCUCUGUGAGUUUUAUUUGUCAUCUAUAAAAUAAAAGAAACAAACAAAAGAA